AUGAAGCUCUACAUUGACAAGAUCAGCGGUGACGAGAUGGUCUCGGACGGUUACAAGGUCCAGGAGGUCGACGACAUUGUGUACGAGGUCGACGCUGCUACGAUCACGAUCCAGGAUGGUGAGGUCGACAUUGGUGGUAACCCCUCGGCGGAGGAGCAGGCCGAGGCCCUGGAGAACGGUGCUGAGCAGGUGAUCAACCUGGUGCACAGCUUCCGUCUGCAGGCUACGUCGUUCGACAAGAAGAGCUACCUCGCCUACCUGAAGGGCUACAUGAAGGCCAUUAAGGCCGAGCUCCAGGAGUCAAACCCGGACCGUAUCCCGGAGUUUGAGAAGAAGGCUGCUGAGUUCGCCAAGAAGGUGGUCGGCAAGUUCUCGGACUGGGAGUUCUACACUGGUGAGUCGAUGAACCCUGACGGUAUGGUGGCCCUCCUCAACUACCGUGAGGACGGUGUGACCCCGUACUUUGUCUUCUGGAAGGACGGUCUGAAGGAGACCAAGAUCUAA